UAAAGGGAUGCUGCUUUUGGAUGAUCGCGGAAAAACGGAGAGAGGAAAGACAGGGAGGAGAGUCUUGGGAUUUGCAAAAUGCAUGGAGAAAGGCGAUCUUGGGCGGUAGAGAGAUAUAUAGCAGGGCCAGGCAGAGUAUCAGAAAGAGGCCAAGAGAAAAUGGCUGCUGUGGAGAGCGCUGUGACGUCCAUAGGCCUCCAUUUCCAGGCUGCACCGGAGCAAGGGAUAUCUCCCAGAGGGAGAAUAGGGGGCCAGGAAGAUUCUGUGGGCCCCAGACCAUCCAAGAACGCUAAAGGGCCAGGGAAAGGCCCUCCUGUUUUUCAGGAUGGGACGAUGAAGGCACUUCCGAGACGAGCAACCCCACAACAGGUGAAGCAGGAACCAGGGGAAGGGAUGCCACUGCCAGCCUGGGAUGGCCCCUGGCAGGAGUUCCUGAAGGCAGUGCAGUCCCCUCACCCAGGAUGGGGUAACCCGCAACUGCUGGCACCUGUGCCCUGGGAUGAUGGCAGUAAGACAUUUGUGAAUCCAUUGGAGGGAGCUACUGAGGCAUGGAUGUGUCCAAGGGAAUGGGCAGCACGGCCCUUGGUAGGGGAAACCCCACAGGUCUCCGUCAGCUUGGAGGCCAGAGACAAGGGAGAGAGUGGGAAGUUGAGGGGAGAGAUCUUGAGAGCGGACUCUGUCAGUGCAGAGGCUCAGCGCCAGCGUUUCAGGCAGUUCUGCUACCGGGGAGCCAAGGGCCCCCGAGAGGUCUGCGUCAGGCUCCGGGAGCUUUGCUAUCAGUGGCUGGAGCCAGAGAAGCACACCAAGGAGCAGAUCUUGGAGCUGGUGAUCUUGGAGCAGUUCCUGACCAUCUUGCCAGCAGAGCUCCAGAGCUGGGUCCGGGAAGGUAGUCCGGGGACCUGCUCCCAGGCGGUGGUCCUGGCUGAGGACUGCCUGCUGAGGCAGCGCGAGGCGAAGAGGUGGGGGCAGCAGGUGCUGAAGCCUUUCCAGAAACCUCUUGGGAGCGUCCCCAAGGCUGAGCAGGCACUGUCGGACACUGCGCAGUGGCAGCUCUACAGGGAGGCCAAGCAGGACAGUGACGGAGAUGCCAAUUCCUUGGCAGGUGAUGGUUGGGCAACCGAGAAUGAGGAGGGAAAACCCCAGCUGACAAGUUCUGAGAAAGCAGAGGCAUUUGAGGAGGGCCCUUUCCUGUGCCACAAGCAGCUAGACUCCUUGGAGGAUCAGCAAGACGCCCGCUUUGGGGAAGGAGAGUGUAAACCCGUUCCUUGCCAGGGGAUUGGUAGGAAACUUGGUGAAACUACAGCCCAAGAGAGAAUCCACAAGGACCGAAGGAAAAAGGCCUGCACAGAGUGUGGGAAGUGCUUUGGCCGCAGCUCUGACCUGCUUAAACAUCGGAGGACCCAUACUGGAGAGAAGCCCUUCCAGUGUCUCAGCUGCGGGAGGAGCUUUAGUGACCGGUCAAACCUCAUCGCACACCGAAGAAUCCACGCCGAAAAGAAGCCCUACCAGUGCUUGGACUGUGGGAAAAGCUUCUGCCAGAAUUCCUAUCUCGUCCGCCACCGGAGGACCCACACGGGAGAGAAGCCGUACAAGUGCUCCUACUGCGGCAAAGGUUUCAGCGAUAGCUCGAACCUGGUGGUGCACAAGAGGACCCACAUGGCGAGCGAUAAGCCUUACAGGUGCCUGGACUGCGGACGGAAGUUCAGUGAGGCUUCACUCCUCAGCAGGCACCAGCGCAUGCACACUAAAGAGCGGCCGUAUAACUGCUCGGACUGUGGGAAAACGUUCCGCCACCGUUCGGAUCUCGUUCGCCACCGGAGGACCCACACAGGGGAGAAGCCGUUCAAAUGCCUGGACUGCGGGAAAUGCUUCAGUCAGCGGUCCCACUGCAGCACACACGAGAGAAGACACUCCAGGCAGAAACUGUACCAGCAAUGCUCAGAUAAUGGGAAAAGCUUAGUUGCUGCAGAAAUUGGGCUUCCUGCGAAGGAGGAAGUUGCUGAGAGCAGUCAAAGGAUUGUUACCCAGAAGGACAUGCGGUUGGGGCACAUGUGUGUCCUCCUCCACACGGAGUGGGGUUACUUAUAGCCAGGCUUGUAAAUAGAUGGGUUGCUAGAGGCAAUUCUUGACUCAUCCCAGGCGAGUGGCAGGAUACUGUUAACAAAUUUGGUGCAGAGCUCAACAUUUUGUGAAUCUCCUUUAAUAUUUUCCCCACCCCCAAGUUUCUAGCUUUCAUGAUCCAAAGAUUGGUUUGGAAGUAUAUCAGCAAUGCUUGGUGGAAUCUUGGAAGCCCAAGCCUCAGUGAUGGGGUCGGUAGGGCUGAGCAGGAUUUCUGUUGGCCAGGGGCUUAGGGUUUUCUCUCUCCCCUUGACUGAAACCGAAGCAGGAUAAAUGUAUGCGGAAUUGGCCAGUGUGCUUGGUUUUGCUUAACAGUUGCAGGGCGUAGAAUGUGGAUUAUUUUCACAAAGAGCUUGGGAGGGGGACACAACAAUAAAUUCCAACCUGAUCUUAAGGUAAGUGACUGAAGGAGUCCAAUAGCAGUUUUCUAGACCAUCAAUGGAAACUGCGAUGCAUCACCAUAUGCAGAGGAGAUGAAGCCAGGGGUGGAGCAGAGUAAUUGCACAUGGUAGUUCAGUGGGCUGGAGAACUAGGUGAGCAUAAAGGUCUGGGGGGAACCAUCAGGAGAGCCAGAAGCCACCCUGAGAGCCAGUGGCAACUCAAGAACUUUGUGCACCUGAGGCAAGGUGCAAAAUGCCACCACCCCCCAUUGUGUGCACUCUCCUUCCUUUCUUCCCUCUUUUGUUUUUUAAAGUGGGGGCAGAUGGACAUCUUGCCACCUUGCUGGUGUCACAGUCCUCUACUGCUUGAAGCAACCACCUCACCUCGCCUCAUGGAAGGGCCGCCCCUGGUCUUAGCAAGGCCAGAGACGAAUUCUAGAAUAUAAGAAGGAGGAAUGGCCCAGGCCCAGCUGACCUACUGGAUCUUUGGGUCGUGAAGUGUGUUGAUUGAAGUGGGGGUGGGAUAAGGGUGUUGUUUUACCCUCCAACACCCUUUUAAAGCCAUCUUUGCAUUGGUCUUGUGUGUGUGUGUUGGGGGGAAGACACCUGUGUAUUCCUCAAGGGUGUUUUUCUCCUCUGACCUACCUUUGCCUAGACUGGUGUUGCCUGCUCCUCUGAGAGUAAGCCACGUUGAACACAUGCUGGAAAAGCAGGGUAUACAUAAUUUAAAUAAAUAAGUGCCAAACUGGAUGGGACACAGAAGGCAUGUGAUCUCCCUUCUUUAAAAGACAUGAAUAUUAGUGCAGUGUGGGGACCUCCUGGGAUGGAUGUUUCUGAUUAGAAUCUCUCCUUUCCACAAGCUGCUUUAUUGUUCAUCGGGGGGGAAGGAUACUGGGUUGGAGGAAAUGAUACUGGGUCCACAUAUCUUUUUCCUGCAGGAGAAAAGCUGCUUUGGGGAGGUCAAUUUUUUUUUCCGCAUGGAGAAAUGGUUAAUUUGCUCCAUCCUCCCCAUUGCUCUGACCAAAUCUGUAAAUUUCAUAACAGUGUUUUAACAUUUUUAAAAAAGUUUUAGAAAAAGUGGGGCUAAAAUGGCCUUCAGAUUAAUCACAGGGGUCCUGCUCUAUUGCAGGUAGCCUUAAUGAGGAGCAUCUGCUUGGGUUAUGUGACGCAUCUUGCGGCAUAAGGUCAGGGGGCUGAGACAGCUUGUCCCACAAUUUUAUUAACAUGAUACUGCUUGUUUAUUUCUAGUGAGGGGAGGGCUGCUUCUUGCAUAACUAAAUCGCUCCUAUUGCUCUUACUCUGGCUAUUUUAGCAUGUACUUUGCAGCAGCCAUGUGCCAGGGGCUGCACAUAAUUUCUUAUGCAUGUCGCACUUGUGUCUGGAAAAGUGGGGCAAGGAAGAGGCACGGAGGCCUGCUUCCGGAAGUGGAAGUUGAACCUCUGCCAGCCUCAGUGGGGAACUAUUCACUUCGGCACUCGUACUUCAAAAAGUGGAAUGAGGCUUGCCAAAAGAGUGUGAAUUCUAUGAAAUGUCUUGUUCUGGACAGCUUUUCACUUCACUUUGUAUCCAAGUUAUGUGGUUGGAGGUUGCAAAAUAAAUUCUGAUCAAAAUAAAACUGUG